UGUCGUCGGAUGUCAACAAAGCACUCGUGAACUCCUAAGACUCCUCAGUCCCUCGGCGGUCACAGGCUGGAACGUGAGGAUGCCUCGGGAAGAUAAACGCGCCACGUUCCUAACCGAUUUGGGCCGUGCCACAAUGAGAGGGGUGCGAAAGUGCCAUAAAUGUGGCACUUUAAACGGCACUCGAGGCUUCUCCUGUAAGAAUAAAUCUUGUGAUGUUAUUUUCAAAGAAGCUGGAGAAAAACGGAAACUGUCAACGGAGGCAUGUCGAAUUACAGCUGGCACAGAUGCUCAGAUAUACUCUGUCAGAGUGCGUGAUAAAGGUCCGGAUUAUCGAGGAUUCGUCCAACUGCCUCUUAUUCAGUCGAUGGAUGGAUCUGGUGAUAUAUUCAUCGGAGCUGAACCGCUAGAUGACCCUGUCCUCCUCGUUCAGAUGGGAGCCAGGUGUUAUGUUGAGCCUUGCCAACGUAAUUGUGAUAAAAUAAUGAAUCCGGCAGUUCCGUGUUCACAUAUCAGAGCCGCCUCACAGUGUUUCAAAGAAGCACAGUCUCUCACACUGAAAAAUUCAGUCCUCAAUUCUUUACCAAUACCACAGUCUGUUAAAUCUGACAUAUGGCAGCUGGCGACAGACACUCCAGGUCCUCUUGUUCAGAGAGUCUCCAAGAACAUCAUGGUUGUUAAAUGUAAACCCGAGCCUCUCCAUCCUCUAGGCUUCUUGCAUUUUAGCUUUCAACAAGUUCGAAAUAAGGAAGAAAUGGAAUACAAAUAUUACUGUGGUUGUCGAGCUUUCAAAAUACAGCCCGCUGCUCGAGAUGUGACUUUCCGGAAAUGUGUCCACCUUUAUGCCUGUGUUGUGGCCUUUGCAAGUGAUCUCCAACUAGCUCAAGAAUUCUCAUACUAUAUCAAUUUGAUUCAAAGCGACGUGAGUCAGUCUCCAAACCUAAGUGUCAGCAGUGCCGCAGGAGACGACAACAGUGUGGGCAUCGGAGAGAGCAGCAGUGGGCUCGGCGGAGUGGGAGAGCGGUCCUUCUUCAUACUGAACGACUCGGGGGAUUCUCAGUGCCAGGUGGAGGUGGAGGUCCUGCAGGAAGACUCGACCACGAUCCUCGAGGGGAUUCCCAUAUCGCCAGCGGAAAAUCUGGUGACACAGGAGGAAAUAGAAGGUAAGUUAGAGAUCCAGCUGAGAACCCCAGACGGCAUACACCUGCGCACAUCGGACGGUGGGACGAUAUCUGUUCACCAAAUCCCCGACAAUCUCCCGGUUCCAGGCAUGAAGAGGAGGCAGGACGAUUCGGUAGUUCAGGCAAGCUCGGCCCUCCUCACCCUGCAGGAGAGCGGCACCAAGAAGAUGUCAUCACCAAGAAGACCCCUGACGGGAGCAUGUGCCAGGAAGGCGAAGGAACCAGUGGACGAAAACACAGCUUCAUUCAGCUUUAUGUCAUGGCUAGGUAGCGUCACAGAGAGGAUCAACCAGACCAUGCAUUAUGGGUUCAAUGGGAAACCAGAUCCACUCAUUUUCCACAUGCCAAAGCUGUUUUUCGAGUGUCUUAUGGAAAGAAUAAAUGCCAGGUCCAAAAAGAAAAGGCUACCUAACGAGACCCAGACGUUGCUGAGGAAGGAUUCAUUACCUGUUGGGAGGUUCACAAAGUACACUUGGAAAAUUGUAAGUGACCUACAUGUGCGGCAGAUCUUUGACAGUCCAGAAAUGCCCCUGGAAAUGACUCGCAGUUUCAUACAGAACCGUGACGGUACUUACAAGUUAUACCAACACCCAGAAGAAGACUCUGUUUUUGCCAAGGGAAGUCCAAACCAACCUCUCUUGCGCCCCCAAGGAUACAAAACCAGGUUACGCGUGGGCACGACUGCCCCGGGACAGAAGGAACCAACCCCAUUCAUCAUCGAAUGGAUCCCAGACAUACUGCCCAAGUCUCUCAUCGGCGAGCUACGGAUAAAGUUUGAGUUCGACCACCUACACAACGGGCAGCUCCUCACCCAAAGAGAGCUGAGAGGCACACAGGCCGGGGCUCAGACCAUUGCAACAGUCAGGAGCCACGGCCCUCUCCUGGCACCGCGACCCCAGCCCCAGCAGUCCCACCAGCAGUCAUCUCAGACUCCAACGCAGCAGAUCUCCACAGCUGAUCAUAUAAUCAGCAUACCCAUAACAUCGGAAGCCAUGCAGUCGACGGAAAAUAUUGCAACCAUUUUAACUUUUUAAUAAUUGAAUUUCUAGUCAGUUUUAAGAUGUUGCUUUACCUCUUAAGGAAAAAUAUUAUAUAUGUUAGUGAUAUCUCAAUAUUGUUAUAUCGAAGAAAAAUAUAUCAUAGUUUUUAUGACUAAAAUCCGUAUGGUUUGCUUAAUUAUAGUUUAAUUUCAUAAUGCCAGUACAGUAUUUGUUUGUUUGUUUUUUUCAUUCUUUAAAUUUUUCCUGAUUUUCCUACAAAGUGCAUUUAUUUUCUUCCUCUUUUUCAUAUAAAGUCAUGUUUAUUAUGUUAAUGAUCCUGAAUGUGCUGGCUGACAUUAAAAAAUCAUAUAUACUGUAUACUAUUCAUGAUAAAUUUGACGAAUACGUGAGAGGAACUUAGCCUAAAUAUAUUUUUAUUUAGAGUCUGUAUUUGAGGAAACCAUAUUUUUAAAAGAAAGCCAAGGAAGUCUAUUGAAAUGCAUUAUUAUUAUUCAGAUUCACAUUUUUAGGAAUUUGUAAGUUGCAGUAUUUAGGUAUUAAAGAAUCUUUGUAAAUUAAUAUAAGCCACUGUAGUUAUUUACCUCAGGUAGGAUCAUCUUUAUGUCCCCAGAAUGGAAAAAGAAAAGUGAGAAUGAGUUUUUACAGUACAGAAUAUUUUGCAGCUUCUGUAAUGUAUCGGUUCCAAAAGUGUGUAACUAGACAGUGUAAAUAGAUAAUAAAUGUUAAUGCAUUUGUA